AUGACUUCUCGUCAAGACGCACACCCAGCAAGUGCCAAGUGGUACGAUAGGAGGGACUCCGUUUUUAUAGAGUUUUGUGUAGUGGACAGCAAAAAUGUAAAAGUCACUUUUGAUAAAACAAAAUGUACUUUCAGUUGUGUUGGAGGAACUGACAAUGUCAAACAUGACAACGAAAUAGAACUCUUUGAUGCUAUUGAUCAAAGUGAAUCCAAACACAAACGCACAGAUAGAUCUGUGAUGUGCUACUUGCGGAAAGCGCAGCCAGGCAAGUCAUGGCCGAGGCUUACCAAAGAAAAACCGCGGUGGGUCAGCCUUGACUUUAACAACUGGAAACAGUGGGAGGAUGACUCGGAGGAGGAGAUGGGCAACUUUGACCAAUUUUCAGAUAUGAUGAAUAACAUGGGCGGUGAUGAUUUCCAACCUGAUUUAGAUGGUGACGAUGAUGACUCUGCAGACAGUGAUGAUGAAAAAAUGCCAGAUUUGGAAACGAACUGA